AUGAUAAUAUUUCUAUUUUUUACUUUAAUAUUUUGUCAAGAAUAAUAAGAAGAUAAUAAUAAUCAAAAAAAUUCUUUUAUUAACACAAUUAUAGAAAGUUUAACGAUUUAAAAUUUAAAUUAUUUUUUCAAUUAAUAUAUUUAUGAAACAUUGGCAGUAUAUUUUAUAUUAUUAUUUAUAAUAAUGUACUUUGCUGGUAAAAAACAAAAUAUUAUAUUAUUGAAUGCUUGGCAUAAUUCUGUAAAAAAUAUUUUCAUUUAAAAUUUCGCACAUGUAGGAGUGGGUAAAUAAGGAGAAAAAGCACUAUUUUUUUAAGAUAGUCCUUCUUCAUAUAAAUUUUAUGCUUCUGGAAGAGAAUCUAUUUAAUUUUGUUUAGUUACAUUAGAAUUUGUUAAAAGGUAAGAUAUUAUUUGGAAUUGGUUAUUAAAUUUUAUUUGGCCUGAAAAAGAUACUAUUACAAUUGAUAUUCCUUUAUAUGAUUAAAAAGAACCUAUUUGUGCAGCUAUUUUAAGAACUAAAAAUUUAAAAACGGCAAGAGAAAAUUUCUAAGAUUUAAAAUAUUUAACAUAAAAGGUAUUUACGGAUAAGUUAGACGAUGAUGUAUUGUCGAUUUUGGCAGGCGAUGAAAAUAUGGCUAAGGAAAUAUUUGAUGAUUAAAUGUUAAAAUCUAUAAAUUAAUAUUAAAAAUGGUUUUCUGUUAUCCAUAUUACUGAUUAGAAAGCAUUUUCAAGCUCAAAUUCGCAUAUUAGAGUUGUUUUGAAUUUUCCUUCAAACAAUUAAGAAUAUUAGAAUUUUGAAAAUAUAUUUUAAUUAAUUUUCAAUCUCGCUGAUAAAGUUUAUUCAUUAAAGUUGAAAAGCAAAACUAAAGAUGAUGCUAUUAAAGAAAGAUAGCUCUUUGAUGAUUUAAAAAAUAAAGAAUAAUUAGAAAAAAAACAAGAAGAACUACAAUAAAAAAAAGCUGAAAAAUUAAGAGAAGAAAGAGAGAGAAUAUCUAAAUUAUCUCUUGAAGAAUAAUAAAAAUAUGAAGAAAAAGAAUCAAAAAGAUAAUAAAAACGACUUAUGGCUAAAAGAACUGUUAAAGUUAUGUGA